GCUGCGGUGUGAGGCGACAAGAUGGCGGGGCGGGUAAGUGAGGGGGGGAGAGGGGGAUGGUUGUUUCCAGUCCUCCUGCCCAGCUGUGGGAUGCUUCACCCCAUUACCUCAGGCCCUGUCUUGUCCAUUCUGUCCCUCGCUAGGCGUUGGGGUGGGUUCUCGCAGCCUGAGGGACUGUGGGGUACCCGGAGGGUGCUGUGGUGGUCCCCUUGUGGUUAUGGGGAAGGGAGAUUUGGGGUCCUCGGGGGGUUCUGUGGGGGCCCCUGUCUGUGUAGGGCCCUCGAGGAGUGCUCUGAGCCCUUCCGCUGCGGAGUGAGCUGUAGGGUGCUGCGAGGUUCCUCUGGGGUUAUAGGGCACUUUGGGGUCCCCUAAGUGUGCUGUGGGGGCCCUUCUCCUCUGGGGUUGUGGGGCAGGAUUUGGGGUUCCCUGCGGCCCUGAUGCGAUGGGGGGUAGGUCUGUGGGGUGCCCCGAGGUGGGACGUGGGUUGGGGUUCCCCGAGGUGGGAUAUGGGGCAGAUCUGUGGGGUUCCUGCUGACCCCUCAUCCCUCUGGGCGCUGUGAGCACUGAAUGCGGGUCCAGGUUAUGUCGUAUUAAAGCACACCUUAAGGACUGUGCAGUGGUUUAAUUGUGUAUUUCCUCAAAAAAAAAAAAACAAAAAAAAACAAAAAAUCGCAUUGGUGACUGCUUAGCUAAAAUCAGCAAAAAGGCCUUAAUGUGUAAAGGAAUGUGGGAUGGCAGCAGCAGGAUGAUGCAGAGGUCAGGUGAGCAGCCAACAGCACACGGUUCGGUGUCACGUUGGAUGCUGGUCUGCAUAAAUAAGGAGCAGUGUGUGGGAGGAUGGAGGUGUGUGAUAUCCCCAUUACAACAGGUGAGCCUGAUGCUGGAGCACUGAUGCUCUCCGCUGUUUAAUGUUAUUUAAAGAUGCUUAAACCUGGAGAAUGCAUAGAGAGAGCUGCAGUGGCUGCAUGUGGCUCAUGCAGAGAUUUCUCUGCCCUGUUCCAUCCAGCAUCAAGCUGUUGGUCCAGCACUGUGUUUCAGCUUGUACUGCACCAGAACGGAGAGCUGCAUGGAGAAGUGGUGCAAGAAGCGAAGCAGAGCUGUGUGGUUGCAGUUAUACAACAGCUGCAACUUGUAUAACCCCACCAUCGUUUUCCUGUAUGCAGUUUGGGAUUCAGGGACAUCAGUUAGGUGUGAAUUGCUGUUCCCAUCAACACGGGGCUGGGAGGCACUGGCCUGUUUGCUUCUCAUAUCUGUGUUUGGAAAUGAUUUUGGUUUCACUCUGUUAAUAGAAGAUGUUGGUCUACCUUGCAGAACCCUCCAGAAGCACCAGUGAUCCGAGCAGGAGAUGCAUUGCAGAUACCUGUUGAAAUCAACUAUCAAAUAGAUUAAAUGCAGAGUUGUAGGGACUGCAGUGAGGGACAGACUGUAGUCCCUCACGUUACAGAACUGUGCUCCUUGCAGUGCAUCAAGGGGCAGUUUUAGGUGGGAUGCUUUGUGAGGCUGAGUCUGGGAUUUGUGUUUUUGGUCUAAAGCUGUACAUUCUAAUUUCAUGUGGAAUCAUUCUUCAUAGGUGCAGAUGUCAUCAGGCAACUACAGAACCAUUUGUCAACUUAGUUCUUUCUUGCGGUGCGACAUUUAUUAUUCUAUUGCUUACAUUUUUUAGUGCUCCCAAAGAAAUAGGAUUUUAGCAAUGCUUUAGGGGAACAGGAGAAAACUAAAUUGAAAUGUCUUUGUCUGAGGUCACUUCUGCAGCUCUGUACCUGUUCUGCAAAAUCAUUGCAAAUACGUUUUGCUGCUUCUUACAGAUCUUCUGCUUUACAGAAAUCCAUGAUGGAUUACUUGGGAUAAAAUUGUUGGCCAUCAGAGUGUGUUUGCGGGUGUGGGAUGUCUGGCCUUGUCAUCUGUGAUUGAUUUGUUGCUUGGCUUAGUGUUGCAGGAACGGCAUCCCCGAACCUUAAUAGUUAAAAAGCAACAGGGAAAUGUCAGUGCAAUACUAAGGAGAAUCUCUGCCCUCCACUGGAUGUGGAGGGGGAUGUGACCACUGAGGAUAAGGAAAAGGCUGGGGUUCUCAGUGCCUUCUUUACGUCUGUCUUUAAUGGCCAGACCAGCUAUCCUUGGUGUUCUUUACCCCCUGACCUGGAAGUCUGGGAUGGGGAGCAGAAUAGACACCCCAUGAUUCAGGCAGGAACAGUUGGAGAUCUGCUGCUCCACCUGCACUGCCACAUGUUUGUGGGACUGGGUGGGAUCCACCCGCGGGCACUGAGGGAGCUGGUGGAGGUUGAGUAGGCAGUAUUGGUGGUAGGUGGAUGGCUGGAAUGAUGGUCUUAGUGGCUUUUUCCAUCCUUAAUGAUUCUGUCAUUCUCACCACUCCCAACAACCUCAGAACCGGAGGAAUGUCACUUCUUUUCUCACCAUGGGCAGCCAGGAAGACUGCUCUUAAUUAAGAAUUUCCCUUCUCUGCUUGGGGGAUGCAGCAAGGUCUUUCUUCCUCUCCUUGGUUCUAGCGGGUCAUUUAGGAAAGAAUCCUGUUUGGGAGAUUUGGUUUGGGAGAUGCCCUAAGAUGUAGCUUGGAGUGAGUUCAUACUGUCACAAAAUCAGCUCUGUUUGAGCCUGCAGAAAUCCAGUCCUUAGGAAGCAGCUAAAUAUACAUUUUGCUGGAAUGCCCAUUGGGCAGGACAGGAUUUUCAGUCAAAUAAAAUUAUUGAUGUCGCUAUGGCUAAUAGAAAAGCCUUCUUAACAAAUCCUGUCAUUGUGAUGCUGCAUCUCAUUUAAAUCCAGGCGGAACUUCAGGCACUCUGACCCUGCCGCAGUGCUGGAACACUCUUUCAUGUGUAUGUAGGACAGAUAGUUCAGAAGGGCCAAGUGUGAGCAGCUCAGGAAGAUAGAGCAUGUUCCUCUGCUCCCCUGGGAUGCAAUAAAGCAAUGACCUUCUGCCACAAAAUCUGGACCUAUGCAAGCAGCACGAUGUCCCACUGAUGAACUGUCAUUAACGAACUGUGCGGUGGUGAAUGACACAGACUUCCCAUCUGGACAACACGUUGUGGUGAAGACUUCUCCCAAUCACAAAUACAUCUUCACACUGAGAACACAUCCCUCUGUUGUUCCUGGCAACAUCGCCUUCAGCUUACCCCAGAGAAAAUGGGCUGGACUUUCCAUAGGACAAGAGAUAGACGUUUCCCUGUACACUUUCGACAAGUCUAAGCAGUGUAUUGCCACGAUGACGAUUGAAAUAGACUUUCUGCAGAAGAAGAACAUUGACUCCAACCCAUACGACACAGACAAGAUGGCUGCUGAGUUCAUCCAGCAGUUCAACAGCCAGGCCUUCUCUGUAGGGCAGCAGCUUGUGUUCAGUUUUAACGACAAACUUUUCGGCCUGUUGGUAAAGUCCAUGGAAGGAAUGGAUCCCAGCAUCCUCAAAGGAGAGUCUGGAGCAAGCAAAAAGCAGAAGAUUGAGGUGGGUUUGGUUUUUGGAAACAGCCAAGUGGCCUUUGAAAAAGCUGAGAAUUCCUCUCUCAAUCUGAUUGGUAAAUCAAAGACCAAAGAGAAUCGCCAGUCCAUCAUCAACCCAGACUGGAAUUUUGAGAAAAUGGGCAUUGGGGGCCUCGACAAAGAGUUCUCAGAUAUCUUCCGACGAGCUUUUGCUUCUCGAGUUUUUCCACCUGAAAUUGUGGAGCAAAUGGGCUGCAAGCAUGUGAAAGGCAUUCUGCUGUAUGGACCUCCAGGCUGUGGUAAAACGCUUAUGGCCAGACAGAUUGGCAAGAUGCUGAAUGCCAGAGAACCAAAAGUGGUCAACGGGCCAGAAAUCCUCAAUAAAUACGUGGGCGAGUCUGAGGCCAACAUCCGCAAGCUGUUUGCUGAUGCAGAAGAGGAACAAAGAAGGCUUGGAGCAAACAGUGGUGUUCAUAUCAUCAUUUUCGAUGAGAUUGAUGCAAUCUGCAAGCAGCGAGGAAGCAUGGCAGGAAGCACUGGAGUUCACGAUACCGUUGUCAACCAGCUGCUGUCUAAAAUUGAUGGAGUGGAGCAACUCAAUAACAUCCUGGUGAUUGGAAUGACCAACAGACCUGACCUGAUUGAUGAAGCUCUGCUGAGACCAGGGAGACUGGAGGUGAAAAUGGAGAUUGGUUUGCCAGAUGAGAAGGGUCGAUUCCAGAUUCUCCAUAUCCACACAGUAAGGAUGCGGGAACACCAGCUGCUGGCUGAAGAUGUGGACAUUGCAGAACUGGCAGUUGAGACAAAAAACUUCAGUGGUGCUGAAUUAGAAGGUUUAGUUCGAGCUGCUCAGUCUACUGCAAUGAACAGACAUAUCAAGGCCAGCACCAAAGUGGAAGUAGACAUGGAGAAGGCAGAAAGCUUACGUGUGACAAGGGGAGACUUCUUUGCAUCCUUGGAGAAUGAUAUCAAACCAGCAUUUGGAACCAACCAGGAAGACUACGCGAGUUAUAUCAUGAAUGGCAUUAUUAAGUGGGGUGAUCCAGUAACGAGGGUGUUGGAUGAUGGGGAGCUGCUUGUUCAACAAACCAAGAACAGUGACCGUACUCCGCUGGUUAGCGUUCUUCUAGAAGGUCCCCCACACAGUGGGAAGACUGCAUUAGCAGCAAAGAUAGCUGAGGAAUCCAACUUCCCUUUCAUCAAGAUCUGUUCUCCUGAUAAGAUGAUUGGAUUUUCAGAAACAGCCAAAUGCCAGGCUAUGAAGAAGAUCUUUGAUGAUGCAUACAAGUCCCAGCUCAGCUGCGUCGUUGUGGAUGACAUUGAGAGACUUCUAGAUUAUGUUCCAAUUGGGCCACGUUUUUCUAAUCUGGUGUUGCAAGCCCUUCUUGUGCUGCUGAAGAAGGCCCCCCCUCAGGGUCGCAAGCUCCUGAUCAUUGGAACCACCAGUCGCAAAGAUGUCCUGCAGGAAAUGGAAAUGCUGAAUGCUUUCAGCACCACGAUCCAUGUACCCAACAUUGCAACAGGGGAACAGCUGAUGGAAGCUUUGGAGCUCCUGGGUAACUUUAAAGAUAAGGAACGCAGCACCAUUGCACAGAACGUCAAAGGGAAAUCUGUUUGGAUCGGUAUCAAGAAGCUGCUGAUGCUGAUAGAGAUGUCACUACAAAUGGAUCCUGAGUAUCGGGUGAAAAAAUUCUUGGCUCUUCUGAGAGAAGAAGGAACUUCCCUAGACUGAAGAUGGACCAAGUGCAAGAUCAGCAGCUGGAAAAGUGACCAACCUGGAGAAUAUACACUGGGAUCUUUACUCUUCUGUGUUCAACACACUGGACAAAGUGAAACACUCCCCUUUUUCCAAGAACCCAAUGUGGAAUUUGCAUGUUUAGUGCAAUACAGUAUCUUUAUUCUUUGUCUUUAAUAUACAGAUAUCAUGUGUCUUCUAGAACACUGUGCUUCUGUCUCUGUGCAGGCAAGGCUGCGUUCUCAUUUGAUUUUAGCAUGGGGGAAAUGUUCUAUAAGUUUUGAAGCAACGCUCACUUAUGUCCAGCAUCCAGUUACUACAGUAGGAAAGAAAAUGUGAGUUCUAGUAAAUCCUGUGGUGAAGGCUUAUUAAAAUACUCCUCUGUGUUCUGAUUUGAUGAAUGCUUUCUUGUUCGGUUAUGUCAUCCUAUGCCUCACUGAACACUGAGCAGGGCUGCUAACCCAGAGUCAGUGACCACAGUAAUGAAACUUCAGAAUUUCCAAAAUGUAAAUACCCAUUUUCUUUUAUGCCCAGGUGUUUUCUGGCUAAUGAUAAUAAGGACUGGAAGAAGGCAGGGAAGUCUAUUGAUCAGAACAAAGGAAAAACUUCAGAAUCUGGUAUUUUAAAGCAUUGAAACUUGUUCUCAAUUCAAAAACCGGUUUAGUGGUGCUGAUUCCAACCUGAAAGCUCUGUAUGAGUACUCUGUAUAUGAUGGUUUUGGCAUUAGUUGGCCUCACUACAUCCCAGUUUUCUGCCACAUUACCAAAGGAUGAAGUUCCUCCUUGGAGAUGAAGCCAAGCUCUAUGGAUGCACGAGAUGUGCAUUGCCAUGCUUUUGCACUUAAACUAAGGAAUGUAUCAAACUUUGCUAUGUGGUCUUUCCCCAAUAGUCUUUUUGCAUCAAUGAGGUGCUGUUAUGAUGACUGCACGAGGAUACUCCCCUGUGGUUCCUUGGCUCCACAUGUUUAAUAAGGUUCAUGGAACAUACCUCAAUUUGGUGGGGCACGCAAUCAAAGCCAUUUAUGAGGUGUUAGUCAGUGUAGCUUCCUUGACUUGACAGGACAUGCUGUUAAGGGCUAGCAGCUUGUAUCCAGCGAGGUGUUCCCAGGGAAGGAGGGUGCUUUGCGUUUUUUCAGGCCCAAAGGUAAAGGUACUGCAGUCCUUAUUGCAUACUUAGGGCAAUCAGAGUGUUUCAGUCACUCCACUCUGGUUUCUUUUCCUUUGGCAGUGCUGUUGUAUUGUGAUGACAUUGCGAGUCCCAGUGGUUAUUAUUCCCUCUCAUUCUGUGUAUGAUCUUGUGACUUUGUUUGUUCCUUUCUUUCCUCUGCUAGUCCCUGUGACAGCAGCACUCGUUAACUUAUUUCAGAGUAAAUGAUGUAAACCUUAUUGUGUCUAUGUCCAGAGCUAUAUUGAUGAAUAAAUAUCUUGUUCAGUUGCACAUUAUUGGAUUCAAUAAAAAAAAGCACAACUGGGA